AUGACGGAGAUGAUGCAGCGGUACUAUUCCACUGCGCGUGUUGGCGAGAGGCUUGAGGAUGAAGUGGACGUUGACCAAGACACAUUCACCGUAGCAGGCGAGAAAACUGAUUCGGAGAGUAAUGAGACAUCUGAGGACCAGAGAUCGACUGAUUCGGACUCUAGUUCGGACAGCAGCGAGGUGGAGGACGACGGAUCUGGGGAUGACUCUGUGGCUCACAGUACGCCGGCUCCGUCGAACCAUACAAAGGAAGCCAUCCCUUCUUCAUUGUCUGCAACACCACAACAUGCCUCACUACAAGGUCUCGAGCAUCUGAAGCCUGUUAUGUCGCAAUUAAGCCAUAUCAGUGCCGAUGCUGGCAAAGAAGAAUACCAAGUACCAAAUCCAGCGACUGUCUACGCCAGCAAGGAGCAACCCAACGCUGAUCCAGUGGUCAGAAAUCCAGGGCAAGGCUUGCGCAAGCGCAUUCAGAAGAAGAGGAAGAAGAGCCGGGCUCGUCGUACAAAAAUGCUGGCUGAGUUGCAAGCACGCCAGGCAGAAGACAAUGCUGUCAUCAGCGAUGUCCCGCGGCCUGUUACGGUUGACAUUGUGGCAACAUCAAGGUCCUCAGUCAUUCCUUCGCCACCAGGAUUACCACGGGUUUCUCUUCCUACUACAACAUCUAUUAGCCACGCCGGGACACAGCGGCGCAAGCGCAAAGUAUCUGGUCAAGACCACAGCGUGUAUAUUGAUAUCGGACCCACCAAGAAGAGACGUUAG